AUGCCUCGUUCGAACUCCAAUAAUUCACAUUACCUUGCCCUGAGCACACUGGCCAGUGUUCAGCCUCACUUCACAACUUAUACAGGUGUGGGUGUUCCCAACCCGUCUCCCGAGUCUCAUAUUUCCCCCGUUAUAUCAAAAACAGGCCUGCAAACCCCAGAGGGUGCCCGUGAUGCUCAGCUCUCAGACCCCCCUGCCAAGGUCCUUCCUGUCUCACCAUAUAACCACACUGCCAUGCUGAUUGUCCUCAUCCACGAUGGAAAUACUGAUGAGAGACCAAAAGCUAUCGUGUCCAUACAACCUGAUAAACAGGUGUUUAUAGGAGAGACUGUCACUCUCAGAUGUGACAUACAGGGAGAAGGAGUCUCUAACUGGCAGUACAGCUGGAAUAAAUAUGAUCCAUACAGACCUGUCAGUAAUGAACAGCAGUACAGAAUCAACUCUGUUACAGAGUCUCACAGAGGAAAAUACACCUGUGAAGGAAAAGAGAGAGGAAGAUUACGCUACUCACAGAUCAGUGACGCUGUUAGACUGACUGUAUCAGAUCUACCCAGAGCUACACUGACUGUAGAACCGGAGAGUCCUGUGUUCAGAGGAGAGUCAGUCACUCUGAAGUGUGAGAUUAUCACUCAUGAUGGAUGGACAUAUCAGUGGUAUAAACAGGAUACAUGGCGUAGCUUGACUGCAGUGUCUCAGUCUGUGUAUUACACUGUAAACAGAGACACUCUCACCAUCAGAGAAGAUGCUGUGAUUAAUGGAGAUCAGUAUCAGUGUAGAGGAGAGAGGCGUUACAGACCAACAUCAUCACAGUACACUAACUUUGUUACACUCACUGUAAAGGAAAAACCUAAACCUGAACUCACAUCAAGCCAUAAAGGAGCUGCACUGAUAGGAAAUCCAGUGGUUCUGUACUGUAAGCUGGAUCAGUCAGCUGGAUGGAAGUUUUACUGGAUCAAACACACACAGAACCCUGAGAAUGAGAUCAAGACUGAAACACACUCCUACGCCAUCAGCUCAGUUAGUGUCUCUGAUGGAGGACAAUACUGGUGCAGAGCUGGGAGAGGAGACCCAGUCUACUACACUCACUACAGUGAUGCUCUCUGGAUACGUGUUACUGGUAAACUUUCUGCUACUGAUCUGGUGCUAAACAUGGCCUAUAAACUGCACAGCCUAUACACAGCUUCAUGA